AUGUAAUUUAUAAACGAAGGAGUUGAAUAAUUUUAAAUUUAUACAAACAUAUGGGCAAAUGAUGUAGCAUGUAUAAAAAAAUGUUUAAAAAAUAGUGUUUAAAGACAAUUAUAUUAUGGGCUUUAAGGGAAGAUAUAGAAAGUAUGCUUUAGGCGGUUCAACUGGGUUGUUAAUGCUAACUUAAAUAAUUUAAAGAAAUCCAAUAGGAGCUUUACGUGUUGGAUCUAUUGCAUUUCCUGUGCUGAGCUAUUGGAUUUGCCCUGAGAUAUACAAUUCCUUAUUAUGAUAUACGUGUAAAAAAUAAUUAAAAUGUUCGUAAAAUUCGGUAGACAUUCAGUUCGAGUGAAAAGUGUUUCUUUUCAUCCUCAUCG